UGAAUUUUGAUAAGCUUUUUAUGCAAUUUGUGUAAAUCAUUUUAGGGAAAAGUAAUUCCCAUGCCAUGUUUUAAAUCAUUCAUGGAGAGAGAAAUUUAAUGUUGAUAAUGAUUACUCCUGAAACACUACCAUAAGAAGGCCUGUACAUGUGUAUCCACAGGAAACUCUUAUCUCCCUGAACGUGGAACUUUCACCUUUUUUCAAUAAACAAACCUAUCAGUCUUAGGUGCUGGCCCAUGUUUGUUUAAAGAGGUUUCCAUUGAUAUCGGAGGUAACCGUGAGAGGGACACAUGUGCACUGUGUGUUUUACCAUGUAUCGGGGAUUACUUUGAUGUCAGGACCCAGGUUUUUUAGACAUGUUAUUCUGAGUCAUUGAAAAAAAAAAAAUAACUUUCAAAACAAUGACAAUGCAGUCAAAAUACAGUGUGUUAUGGGAAGAUUAUGUGCUGAACAUGGAUGUUUUGAGAAAAGUUUCAUUCUUUUUGAGGGAGAAAAAUUGUGUUUAAAGGUACUGGAAAAUGUGAUUAUUGUGAGAAUUUCUGACUGACCUUAAAAUGGAAACAAAAGCAUAUUUUUUAUGUCAGCCAAAUUUGUGACACAUUUUGUAUGCUGUACAUGUCUCAGAGAUAUUUGUUUGACAUUUGAGGAUGUGUCUAUUCAAUGAACUUAGUUAGUGCAUGGACGUUUUGUAAAGUAUAUUUAAUAUUUGUCCAAUGGAAGUGCUGAGUGAUGCUUCUUCAAGUUGCUGUGUCUUAGAACUAGAGACUUUAUUCACACAAACCUUGUACACACCACAACCUAAGAAAAAGCUUAGAAAAUCUAUGCUUAGAGUUUCUUCCAUUGCCAACCUUCUGUCACCGUCAAAGUCUAUCAAACAGGAAAAAGAAUUUCAGAGAUCCAUAAGUUUCAAAGUACCCCCAUCCCCUGUCACCAAACAUAAUGUGACCCCCUACAAGGCCCCCCAGCCCUCCCCGGCCAAGCGGCGACUUAGUCGAACAUGGAGCGAGAUGAUGAGCACAGUGGGACAUAUACCCAUACAGCUGACCCACAGGGACAUCAAAAGACAGGAGGCAAUAUACGAAUUGUAUCAAGGUGAAAAUGACUUGGUUGAGGAUUUAACCAUUGUGAAAAAGACAUACAGAGAUUCCAUGGAAAAGCUACAGCUGAUGACAGAGUGGGAACUGGAACAGAUUUUUGGUCCAGUUGAUAAGCUGAUUCCAAUUCAUGAAGAGCUUGCUAGUGGUCUACAGAACCAGAGAUUACCCGACGGGACCACCAGAGACAUUGGAUCUCUAUUGGUGGAUUGGGUGCAGAAGCUGAAGGACUACAUUCCCUUUUGUGCCAACCAGGUGUUUGGGAAGGCCUUGUUGGAUGAAAAGAAGAACGACCCAGCCGUUGACGAUUUUCUACAGCGGUGUCAGGAUUCUCCAUUCAGUCGCAAACUGGAUCUCUGGACGUUGUUAGAUGGAGCCAGGGGAAAAUUCAUCAAAUACCCUUUGCUGUUGAAAGCUAUUCACAAAUAUACCUGUGACACAGAUGAAGAUAAGGAGUACCUUUUAGAAGCAAUUAAGAUUGUGGAGAAGAUUAUAUCAGAGGCAGAUCACAAGACAGGAGAAGCCAAAUGUAAAUAUUACGCCGGCAGGAUUUCCUUUCUGUAUGAAGAAGAGAAAUGUGAAGCUCUGGAAAAUUCAACCAUGCUUGUCUGUAAUGGGAGCUUGAAGAACAACAAAGGCAGUAAACUUCAUAUAUUCCUGUUCAACAAAGUGCUUGUUGCUACCCGAUUGGUCACUCAGAAUGGUCACCAAGGAUACCAGGUGUACAGACAACCAAUCCCGGUGGAGGAGUUGGUUGUUGAAGAUCUUAAAGAUGGAGAGGUCAAGGUGGGGUCAUUCAGAAGUGCUUUUGGAUCUGGCCAGACAGCCAAGAAUGUUUUGCGGGUGGGGUUUGUGGAUGGGGGGAAAGGUCAGUCUCACACUCUGAUAGCAGCUGAUCAACAUGACAAGAGACAGUGGCUGCAGUGCCUCAACAGCAUUCUGAAAACUGUAAAGAAACCAGCUACCACAUCCAAUGAGGACCCCUUGGGCCUGCGCCCCGACCCUGUGGGGCAGUCCUCGGAAUCCGACACUGAGUUGCAGCCAUUCCCCGAGGCUGAUCUGCAAUCAUUGUCCGAGGAGGAGAGUGAGGAUCUAAGUUCCGAGGGGUCCCCAGGAGAAAACUCACGGAAGAGCAAGAGGAAGUCUUCAGGGAAAGAAAAUUUCAAGGUCACUAGAAAGGAUUCUUUGACCUCCUUGUCAAGCAUUGCCUCCUCUUUGAGGAGUUCCACCUCCUCAAUGAGGAAUUCCCAGUCCUCUCUCAGAAGCUCUGUGUCCUCACUGAAGAGUUCCACUUCCUCUCUAAAGUCCAAGAAGAGCUCCUCCUCUCUUAGGAAAGUGUUGAGGAAAUCUAAGACGGAUCUCAAAUCGGGGAGCAAGAAGUGAAUGAGUAGCUAGUAUUCUCUGUGGAUUGCCCGUACUGAUAUUGGAGUCAUGGACAUUUUUAAUGAGAACUUUUUAAUUUGCCAAACACUACUUGUGCCAUCCGCAUUUCUGAGGAAGCUUUUGUGUUCUUGAAGUCAUUUUCUUUCCUUUACUCAAGGAAACUAAUUGGAAGAGAAACAAACAUGUACAGGGUAACAGUGUUGGAUACAAAUACUUAACUUAAAAGGCAGCAUUUCCUUAUUUUCCCCCCUUUUUAACAUUUUUUUUUUUUACAUUUCUAGGUUGUGUUAAUCAUGGUCACAAAACAUGCAAAAUAUCUUCUCUUCAAUAAAUACAUCAUGAUGCACUUGCAUUCAUAUUCUGUGAGGUUAACACUUUACCUAAGAGUAGUGCUAUGGAGUUUUGGUGUUUCCCCUAUUAGUCCCUGUAUAUGGUAUAUGACUGUCAACUGUAAAUAGUCCUUGUAGUAUUGUACAAAAAACAACUGUGUCAUUCCACUAUAUUCAUACAAUGAUAUGUUCAAGUCAUACAUAUAUCUAUGUGAUGGUGCAUAGUACAUGUAAAUGUUAUCUUUUUUGUACUUUUGACAUGUAUUGAAAAAUGUUCUAUUACUAUUACUUAUUCACCAUUUCAUCAUGUGCAAUGUGUUUGUGAUGUGUAACUUAUCAUACAUUGACAAUUCAAUGCAAUCAAUCACACGGGGCACUUGCUUCUCCCUGAAAUAUUUUUCAUUUUGCAUUCUGCUUGUUAUUACAUGGAGCACAUUCAUUUUUUUUUAAAAUUAAUUUUUUUUUUUGUGAUAGCCCAGUACAAUAACCUCAGUACUUUUAUGUCACCAUAAUAUUUUACCUGUAUUAAAGUAUCUCACCUAUUUUUUACCUGGAAAAAAAGUAUUUUAUAAUUGAUUUAUAGCAUAUCAAUAUGUAACACUACACAGUGUCAAACUGUCAAUGUUUAAUAUUCCACAUUUUUAUUGUUUUUAGUAUAUACUGGGUACUUUGAUGUAUUCUGUACAGUUGUAAAUAUUUUUCAUUUCUUUCUGCUCUCUUAUCUCUCUUUCUGCUGUCUUUUCCCUUUAUUUUGUCACAUGUGAUUGGCAGGUAAGUAUACUAUUGUAAUCUAAGGGCAAUAUUGAGUACCUUUUUUUUUAUUCAAAGCUACAAAGCAUACAAUGAUAAUAGAUUAUAGGCAUUGUUGCAUGGUCUUAAACCAAUUUUUCAUUUUAUUUGUAAGUUUUGGAUUUGGAUAAUAAUUUAUCGAAGUAAAUUUUUGUAGUAUUAUUUUGUAACAGUUCAUGGCGUUUUGAAAAUUUGCACUUGAAAGAUAAUGAACUUUGAAAUAUGGCAAAGAAUAAAGAAUUUGAAAUUGA